AUGACAUCAGAAUCAAUCAUACAACAACCAAAAAACAACAGAGAAAAAAUUAUAGCAGUAGAUGAAUAUUUCGACUUCACCGACUACGCAAAGCUUGUGGCUGCAGAAAUGAAAACAUUUCAAUACAAAGUAGUGAAAUCUUGCACAAAAGAAUACAACAUAGUGUGUUUGGACACAAACUGCAAAUGGAGUUUAAAGGCUUCAAAAAAUGGAAACACAGACACAUUCAUAACAAGGAGCUACCAAGAAGAACACACAUGUGUGGUUCCAAUAAGAUUUGGAGAUCAACGACAAGCUACAGCAAAGUUGAUAGCAGAUUUCGUAAAACCAAAAUUCUUAAACCUGAAAACAAAGUGCAGCCCGGCAGACAUAAAGGGAGAAAUGAAAGACAAAUACGGAAUAAAGAUGAAUUACAUGAAAGCAUGGCGUAGUAAAGAGCGAGCACAAACGCAGCUACAUGGAAAUGCUAAAGAGUCGUACAAUCUCUUGCCAAGAUACCUGUACAUGCUACAGAAAACAAAUCCAGGAACGAUAAUCGACAUAGAGAAACAAGAUGAUGAUAGUUUCAAAUAUGCAUUUGUUGCAUUGAAUGCUGCUAUUAAAGGUUGGACAAACUGCAAACCAAUCAUCGUUGUUGACAGUACAUUCCUAAAGGUCGUGUAUGGAGGCACGUUGCUCACUGCCAACACACAAGAUGCAGAAUCGAAAAUAUUUCCACUUGCAUACUGCAUAGUUGAUUCUGAGAACGAUAAAUCAUGGGAGUGGUUCUUCAAAAAAAAUAAAAGAAGCAUUCAGGGUUCGAGAAGAUCAAUGCCUAAUAUCAAACAGACAUGA